AUGAAGGCUCCGUCCAUUCCGAAGUCCACGCAUCAUGUUGUGAUCAUCAGCAGUGUCUUUGGCCCUCGAUAUCGGUGGAUCGACAAUCGGCAACCCAGCCCGUCCACUCGAGACGCUUGGAGCAGCUGGAGAGCCUGCGUCCCGGAGCGUUGUGCGGAUGGGGCAAAUGGGGCAAAUGGGGCAGAUGGGGCAAAUGAGUUGGGCCUCCGGUCGAGCGCUGGCGGCGUGAGCGAGCUUCACCUGGUCGAGUGCCGACACUGCUCGGCGUCGGUUCCGCCGGACAUGGUCGACUCGCACGAGAUGUUUUGUCCCGGCCUCGGUGGCGAAGACGGGAUCCCGGUGAUGAGCGUGUCGUUGCCGAAAGUCGUUUCACCAGUGCAGGCACAAAAGACGGGAAACCUGGAGGAUUCAGAGGAGGACGCGUGGGAAGAACAGCUGAGCGAUCGCUUCGGUCAGGGAGCGAGUCUGGGCCCCGGCAGGAUCGUCUCCGAGCCUCUUCGAGAUACGAUCGACGGUGCGAGAAGAGAACCCGAGGUUCCGGGUGGAACUCACCGUGAACUCGCAGGAGCUCAUGCCAUCCCCUCUUCUUCCGCGUUUGAGCUCUUUCAUGGAUUCACGUACGAUGAUCCGGCUCUCCAGCCGUUCGUGGAACAGUUGGAAGGCGUGAAUGCCGAUUCCUCCGACGAGGAGAUCGUGGAGCGCCUGCGCCUCGUCCUGUCCCAUGUCCCACGAACCGAGAACACGGACACGGUCCCGUGCGAGUAUUGCCACGAGCAAUUGCCAUUCGAUGGCUUGGAGCUCCUUCUUCACCAGACCGGCUGUGGACGGGAGGUGUUCCUCGGUACCGAGGACGGGAGCCUUUGGAUCGAAUGUCGGAGAUGCUCUUUUCCGCAUCCUCUCGAUGAGAUCCAAGAGCACGAGGAGAGCUGUCGAGUCGACGAAGCCACCGAACGACAAAGCAGUCCCAAUGUCACGACGAAACGAGAUGUUUGGACGGAGGAGGCGGCCUGGCCGGUCCGAUCUGGGAAGCUGGCUCUGAAAGGCCCAGAAAUCAUGAAGUCUUUGCUCGGUUGGAUUCGGCAGCACAAAUGGGAAAUCCUAGCCGUCGGUUUGCAAGUUGCCCUGCUUUACUUACCUUGGGGAAAUAUCUUCUUCGCCCUAGGGAUACCUGUGAUGUUGCAUGGGGUAGCAUUGAAAAUCAUCAAAGGGCUGAUCGUUGCCAUCUGCAAGUUGACCGAGAGUGCAUGA